AUGGCAGAGUCCGAAUUCGGCUCUUCCUUCAUCCCAGCACUUUAUAAGCCGCCUGCUUUGCUGCCUAUAGCGAAGCAUAGACAGAGUCUGCUCUACCUGGUCGAAACUCGCCAAGUCACUAUCGUUGUUGGACAGACCGGCAGUGGAAAGACAACGCAAAUACCUCAAUUCCUCGAGAAGGCUGGCUGGUGCGCUGAUGGAAAGGUAGUCGCUGUCACACAACCGCGUCGCGUCGCUGCGACAACUGUCGCCGUCAGGGUAGCCGAGGAGACGGCCACUGAGCUGGGUAAAGAGGUGGGAUACUCCAUCCGCUUCGAUGAUGUUUCAUCGGCUGCGACACGCAUAAAAUUUCUGACAGAUGGAAUUCUCAUUCGGGAGGCCCUCGUUGACCCCCUGUUGUCUCGUUACUCAGUCAUAAUGGUCGAUGAGGCCCACGAACGGUCCGUUAGCACCGAUUUUCUUCUAGGGUUGCUCAACAAGAUUCUCAAGCGACGCCCAGGGUUGAGGAUCAUAAUAAGCAGUGCCACUCUUCAAGCUGAAGAGUUCCUAGAUUUCUUCACCAGGCGUGGUGAGACGAACACACAGGAUCAAUCCCAGGUCACAGGUGCGAUCAUCAGCAUUGAGGGGCGGACGUAUCCCAUCGAUAUACUCUACCUGGAAUCACCUGCUGAAGAUUACGUUGAAAAGGCCAUUGGGACAGUGCUCGAAAUCCAUGCCAAGGAACCAAAAGGUGACAUUCUUGUCUUUCUCACAGGAAGAGACGAGAUCGAAUUUGCAAUCAACGCAGUCGCAGAGCGCUCCGCACAGUCUGACCCAGCCUUGCAAGUCUUGCUGCCACUCCCACUAUACGCCGGGCUCUCAACGGACCAGCAAAUGUAUGUUUUUGAGCAGGCACCAGAAAAUACGAGAAAGGUCAUAUUCUCGACCAAUAUCGCUGAAGCCUCGGUCACGAUCGACAGCGUCACUUACGUUGUGGAUUGUGGCUUUGUCAAGCAGCGUGCUUACAACCCCCAGUCCGGCAUUGAAACCCUGACUGCAGUUCCAACCUCCAAAGCAGCAGCAGCGCAGAGAGCAGGGCGAGCAGGCCGAACAAGACCUGGGAAGUGCUACCGACUGUACAAGGAAGAAUCGUACAAAAACAUGCCCGAUGCCAACAUACCAGAAAUUCAGAGAUCAAACCUCGCGCCUUUCAUACUGCAGCUGGGGGCUCUAGGAAUUGCCAAUUUUCUACGAUUCGACUUUUUGACACCACCUCCAGCUGAGCUGAUGUCCAGGGCCCUCGAGUUACUCUAUUCGCUUGGUGCCUUGGACGACUAUUGCAAGUUAACGAAACCGCUAGGGAUGCGAAUGGCAGAACUGGCAGUGGAGCCAAUGAUGGCCAAAACCUUGCUCUCUGCCGCUAGUUUCGGAUGUGUCAGCGAGAUUUUGACAAUAGCAGCCAUGAUGAGUGUUGGAGGCAGUGUAUGGGUUCAAAAUGAUGGCCAGCUGAAGGAGCUAGAAAGCUCAAGGCGGAAGUUUGCAGCAGAUGAGGGUGAUCACCUCACUCUAUUAAAUGCAUACCAAGCUUUUGUGAGCACAGGACGAAAGGAGGGUCGUUUCUGCCAUGACCACAAUCUCAACUUCAAGGCUAUGACGCGUGCAGUCAGUAUAAGAGCCCAGUUGAAACGAUAUCUUGAGCGAUUCGGCAUCAAUAUCGAAGAGUCGCUCGCCGUCAAUCAAAACCCGGGCAACGAUCCAGUGAAAAAGGCCGAGCAAAUAAGACGCUGCCUGACCACAGGGUACUUUUCCCAGGCGGCGAGAAUGCUUCCGGAUGGUACUUUCAGCACCAUCGAUGGUGGAAUAGUCCUUCAUGCCCAUCCCAGCAGCGUGAUGUUCAACCGCAAAGCUGAUUGGGUCAUUUUCACCGAGGUCAUGGAAACGGCGAACAAAACUUUCAUCCGAGAUGUUUCCGGGAAGGUACCUGGCAGCCUGGAUCUUCCCUUCACCACGUUACACGAGCCACCUGCGAAUACGGUUCUCACUCCGUCACUCUUUUGGUUCGACUUGCCCCACAGGCUCCCUAUUGUGCAGAAAUCACCGCAAGCUUGGAUCUCGAACGCUGCCCCUGACGAUGGCCCUGUUUACACUGCCGGUGGGCAGUUGCACUGGGCCUGGACCCAGGUUGUGUUCCAUGGGUUCUUCACCAGCCCGCUGCCGCAAGCAGGCGUGCGCCGAAGAGUUACCACCCGCGGUGCUGGGCAAACCAGGCUGCCAGGAGCUUCUGACUCGGCCGAAAAAAGCUUUGCGGUCGAGAGAUCGGCGUGA